GGACAAAACAUGCCCAAUCUGCAUGUGUGACUUCACCGAUCCAAAGGCCCUGUCCUGCAACCACAAGUUCUGCGCAGAAUGCCUGGCAACUGCCCUGAAGCAUGCUUCCAAAUGCCCCAUAUGCGGCCUCGUGGUGGGCCGGUUGAGGGGUGACCAGCCUGAGGGUAGGAUGGAGUAUGAAGUGGAGAAGUACAGCAGUCUUCCCGGGUACCCAGGCUGUGGUACCAUCAUCAUUCACUACAGCAUACCGUCUGGAAUACAAGGACCAGAGCACCCUAACCCUGGACACCCUUACCAGGGUACCUCCAGAAAAGCCUACCUGCCAAACAACCCCGAGGGGAAGGAGGUCCUUACACUGCUGAAGGAGGCGUGGAAGAACAAGCUGGUCUUCACCGUUGGUACGUCUGUCACGACUGGUACCAGCGAUGCCGUCACCUGGAACGACAUUCAUCACAAAACCAACCGCAGUGGAGGUCCCACCAGUUAUGGGUACCCAGAUCACACCUACUUGGGCAGAGUGAAAGAAGAACUGGCAGCCAAAGGCAUCACUACAAGACCUUCAACUGCAUAGAGCAUUUUGUUGUAGGCCAUGAAUGUUAGUGGUUCCUAAACAAACAUCUGUGUCUUAACAAAUCUUUUUUAACAAAGGCUUGCCAAGAAGAAGAAUGUGUGUGUUAAUUAAACCUGUGUGAUAAAGCCCUGGACAAGGUGAUUGGCUAGAGAAUGUAAUAUUGUACAUAUUGUAAAUAUUAUAAAAGUUUCCUGAGUGCUCAGUUUGUAAAUCAAUACCUGUGUGGGUUUGUUUGCUUUUAAAAGUUUAAUUGAAUAGCAUAUAGAUUUCUAUUUUUCUUGAUUUUCAGUGAUCUAAAACAUAUUUUUGACAAAGAUAUUAAUUUAUGUGUAUAUUUGACGGAGCAUUGUUACAACAGGUGUAGUUAAAAGUAUGCAAUAAAUAGUAUUAUCAUAUAGCCAGGGGACGUGGGCCAAUCAGAAGGCCCCAUUUCA